AUGCCCAGGACCUUGGCUGCGAUGGAAAACUGGGAACUCCUGGUCUGCCGCUCAUUCCCCAGCAUCAUGGUCAUCCGCUGCGCCUCCAGCGCCGUGUUCAUAUUCUUCCUCCCCCAUUGGCUCAACAAGACGCUCGACGGCUGGGCCGGCGCAUUUGUAAGCGCCCGCCUACUCCGCGCGACCUUUCGAGGCAUCAGGGAACCGCGUUUGGAUAUCCUAUUCGAACGCAAGAGAGGGCCGUCCGACGGGUCCCCAGAGGGAAAACGCAGGAUUUUGUCGGAUCAUAAUACGGUCCUGGACGUCCUGGAGACUGCUUCUUCUGCCCCAGGCGUAUCCAGCAUCAAUGGCGACGAAAAGCAGAAACAGCUCGAGAAGACCGCUUCCGUCGAUUCGAGUGUGUAA